GGACUGCGAGCCAAUCUGUUGCGGCCGAGGUCGUGAGGACUAACGAGGAGUCUUUGUUCCGGAAUCGAACGAUUUGCCCGAGCCCUUUGAAGAUAACACAAGAAUGGAAGGGAAACCAGUGGGGAGGAGUCGAGGACGGGCUCGAGGAGUUCCAGGCGCUGACAAGCCGCCAAAGGCUGGUCAAAGUGCUUUCGGGCGUCCUGCAGCUGGUGGGCCCCCGCAACCGGCAGCCCUGCCACCCGAAUCAGCCCCGGCCAGCCAAGCAGGGAUACAAGUGAGUGUGGGACGUUCAGUGAGGGCCCCAGCACCUUUCCCUGUGCCCUACAGAGAGGGGGAGCGUCCAGGGGGACCCAGAACUCUGCCCCCUGUGGAAUUACCACUGCCAGGUCCUGCGGGUGAUGCCGGUGCCAGUAUGGGCCGAGGUGCCUUGAGAGGAAGGAGAAUAAUCAAUGCUGAGAUUCUCAACACUCGUCCACAGCAUGUUGCCACGUCCAAGAAGGGCACUUCCGGUACUCCAGUUGCUCUGAUGGCCAAUUACUACAAGGUCCUGGAGAAGCCUGACUGGUGCCUCUAUCAGUACAGAGUCGAUUUUGAACCUGAGGAGGACCGCACUGCCACAAGAAAAGGAUUGCUACGUCAGCAUCGUCAGCUGUUGGGGUCGUACAUUUUCGAUGGCACAGUUCUUUACACGUCUAACAGAUUCACAACACCUGGAGAGAAUAAGGUAUUCUUUUCCCGACGCACCACAGACGAUGAGAACAUUCGAAUCACCCUGAGACUCGUUGGUGACAUGGGCAGAGGUGAUCCUCAUUAUCUCCAAUUCUACAACAUUUUGACUAGAAAGUGCUUGGAGUCACUAAACCUUCAGUUGGUUGGGCGCAAUUAUUUCGAUGCAAAUGCCAAGGUGGAGAUCAGAGAGUACCAGUUCGAGCUGUGGCCUGGUUAUCUUACAUCAAUUCGCCAGCAUGAGACUGAUAUUCUGAUGUGCGCGGAAAUUAAUCAUAAGAUCAUGAGACAGGAGACUCUGCUUCACAUUCUCCAACGAGUCAAGGAGGAAAGACCUCAUGAUUAUCAGAAUGCCUUCAAAGCGGAAGUUAUUGGGCUUACAGUGCUGACGAGUUAUAAUAAUAACACUUAUCGUAUCGAUGACGUCGACUACAAUCAGAGUCCUCAAGGGACUUUCCACUCAAAAAAGGACAAUAAAGACAUACGUUAUAUGGACUACUACAUGAACAGAUACGGUAUUCCCAUCAAGGUACCCACACAGCCACUUAUUGUGACACGAUCCACAGCACGUGAUCGUCGUGCUGGGAAAGAUGACAUCAUUUACUUGGUUCCUGAAUUGUGCAGAGCUACUGGUCUCACUGAUAAAAUGAGAAAUGAUUUUCGUCUGAUGUCUGCAUUGGCCCAGCAUACUCGGGUAACACCAGACAAACGUAUUGAUAAGCUCCUGGCGUUCAAUCGUCGAUUGAACAGUUCAACAGAAAUCAAAGACGAAUUCACGAAUUGGAACUUGAAACUCGAUACCCAACUUGUGAAAGUACAGGGCAGACUGUUGGCAAGAGAAAAAAUUUACUUCGGUGAUGACAGUCUGGUCGACGCGGGACCUGAUGGAGAUUGGACGAAAGCCAUCAGGGACAAUAGUUUGUACAUGACAACUCAGCUGAGGCAGUGGGUUGUCGUGGUACCAGAGAGAAUUGCUCGUGAUGCUAAGAGUUUCGUGGCAGCAAUGGUUCGCUCCACCAAGAACUUCGUCAUAAGUGAGCCCCAGUAUCUUGAAAUCCGCAAUGACAGAUCUGACUCCUACACUGAUUGUCUCGAAAAAUGCAUGAGCAAAGUGAAUCCUCAGCUUGUCAUGUGUAUCCUCAUGAAGAAUCGUGCUGAUACCUAUUCGGCAAUUAAGAAGAAACUGUGUAUUGAUCGACCAGUACCAAGCCAAGUAGUCACUGCUCGUUGCUUCAAUCCCAAGGGAAUGAUGUCCAUUGCAACGAAAGUUGCCAUUCAGGUAAACUGCAAAAUAGGAGGCAUACCCUGGACUGUUCAUGUUCCCCUCAAUGGGCUCAUGGUUGUUGGAUACGAUGCCUGUCAUGACACAAACAAGCGUGGAACAGACUUCGGGGCGAUGGUUGCUUCCUUAGAUAAGAAGUUGAGUCGUUACUUCUCAGCAGUAUCAGCACACACAUCUGGCGAGGAGCUGUCCAGUCACCUCGCUACAAACAUGGUGAAGGCUCUGGACAAGUACAAGGAAGUCAACAAAGGUAGCCUCCCAAGUCACAUAAUCAUCUACAGAGACGGUGUUGGCGAGGGACAGAUUCCAUUCGUCGUGGAUCACGAGGUCGUGAACGUGCAGGAGGCAAUUGCAAAAUUCUACGGGAGCCUCCAGGCAGUUAAACUGGGCUACAUCCUCGUCACCAAGAGGAUCAACACGAGAUUCUUCCUGGGCACCAGAAACCCCCUGCCAGGCACAGUGGUCGACGAUGUGGUCACUAAUCCAAUGAAGUACGAUUUCUUCCUGAUCUCGCAGGGUGUCAAGCAGGGCACUGUGGCCCCAACAUCGUACAGUGUCAUCUACGACACACUCUCACUCAAUCCAGAUAAGAUACAGCUGUUGACGUACAAAAUGACGCACAUGUACUUCAACUGCAGCACUACAAUGAGACUUCCAGCUCCAGUACAGUUUGCCCACAAACUUGCUUUUCUGGUGUCACAAUCAAUCCACACAGCACCCACCAAUCAACACCUCGAGAGCCUCCUCUACUUCCUGUAGAUCCGAAAGAGUUAAAGAGAGACAAAAAAGAACAGGAUUCUUUUUACUAUUUGAAUGAAAAAGUAUUUUUUAUUUUAUAGAUCAGACAGAAAUGAAACUGAACCAGUCUUGGGACCAAAGAUUAAGUAAAGAAAUCAAUUUUCUUUGAAUUAGUUGGAAAGGGGAGAAGAACAGUACUUUCAGUGUCAUUUGAAAACUUCUAAUUUAACAAAUCUUCUUUAUGUUUUUGACGAAAAUAGGUGGGCAUGGAUUUUUUCUUUUUAAAAAAGUAUUGACUGCUUUGAAUGUGUUCACAGUAAUUUGUGGUGAAAUACGUUACCAUCUUCUUUUUUUGGUAAUUCUUGAAUGAUGUCAUUAAUAUGGAAUUUACGAUGUUCAUAAUGCCAGUUGGAUUAUGUAUAAAUUUUUGGAAGCAAUUCAGAGAUUUUAUUUUCAAGUUACAAGUUAAGACAACUAUUUUGAUAAAAUUGGUGUUUGGAAGCAGAAUUGAAUGAACUCUGAAAGAAUUCAUACAUAAUCAAAUUACCACGAUGACAUUCUGUGCAAAUUUCGAAUUAAUGACAUUUUUUUUUUAAUGCAACCCUUUUCAUUUUUAUUUUUAAUUGUUGACUAAUAGUGACUUAAGGAUUAUUCCAGAAUCUAAGAAUCAGAGGGGAAAUGAUACAAAAGUGAAAAUAAUUGUGCAGUUUUCUGCUGAUAAUAACAUUCAGUAUGUGAAAUGGGGUUUUGAUAUUUGUUAAGAGCUUUUUGGGAAAAAGACUUGGAAAAUUAGAGGAAAAUUUACUUGAGAAGUCCGAAAAAUUCGCUCCUUCACGUUAAUUAUUUUCAUUUGGCAAAAUGAUCAAUUCCUUUCUUUCAAUUUUCUCUAUAAAAAAGUCAACUUCUCCCUCUGAUAUAAAUUUUCUAAUCUUUCGUGAAUAUUUGGUGCCAGUACAAAAUCUGGAGUUUAUAAACAUUUGACAGUCAUGAAAAAUAUGGAAAUGGAUGUAACAAAACUGAACAAUUCAGAUUGCAGUAUCUGAACAACUUUAUUCAGAUGAUGCAUUAAAACCCUCUUGCUUUGAGAAAUAAAGCAAAGUCCAUAUAGAUUAAUUUUUCGUUCGUUAGCAUUUGAAAAUGCUAAACUAUGACUAAAACGUUGUACUCCUAAGUUAUAUUUUGUCACAAGGGACAAAUUCCACUUACGCUAUAUUUUGUGCUUUGUAAUAACAUUGAAAUGAUAAAGCGCAAUUCGUUCGAUAACAAA